AUGUCUCCCGAAACCAAGCUCUACAGGCAUCGCUGCACGGGUCACUGUCCUGACAGGUGGUCCAAGUUCCCGACCAACGAAGAAGAAUAUGACGACACAGAAAAGACCGUCUCCAAGGAUCCAAUCGUUCACCGGCACGUUUUCAGUGACCAUAAUCCCGCCAUGCAAGGAGUGCUCUCGACCGUCCUGGCAAAAUACCAAGACCUUGAUCUUGAGCUCGAGAAAUGGACUUUCAAACCACCGUUCAUGCCUCUGGUCCACCGGUGGGACCGUCUUCUGUCUCUCUGUGAUGCUACAGACAAAGACCUUGUACCAGAAGCUUCGACUCAACUCCUAGAAUUCCUGACUCCGAUCCUAGCCCCCAAGGUUGACGCACUUGUGAAGACGCGCAAGACUGGAAACGUCAUGUUCGCGGACCUGUGGCAGAUCUUUGCUCCACAUGAAUUUGUAAUCACCAAAUUCUACGGCGUCGAUGCUGUAUGCCGCGUCACGAAAUACAAACUCGUGGAGCCAAGCUGCUCACCGCCGUACUGGGAGGUUUAUCUGGAGUAUCUUGACUGGAAUGGUAAUCGUUGUGGCUAUUCGAACACCAUGAUUAUCAUACCAGAAUUCGCUGCCUAUCGACGAGUCACCUCGCUACCUGCCUACCCCUUGUCUUUCCACAAUUCCCCUUCCAAGAUUCGACAGCAGAUGAUCGAACGAGGCCGAAAGUUUGAAGCCCUGCGUGGCUAUCAUUUCCAAGCCUGUUCUGGAACAAAGAUUUUAUUGCCUCCUGGAAAAUCAGAGGAGCGGCCGGUCUCUGGUCGGGUCAUCGUUGACGCUCACGCUUACUACUUGACAAACGAUAUAGUGAAGCCCGAUCUCGCUUCCUUAACCGGGGACGACCAACCCAAGAAACAAGACGAGGAUGAGAAAUUAGAUAAGAAUAAAUCUAAACGUCGUGGCUGUGAUGGCUGGGGCUGCGACGAUGGCUCCUGCGACUUCUGCCGCGACGAGGGCGAGGACGACAAUGAUGACACAGAUACUUCUGAGGAACGCGAUACGCCUGUGGUGGAAGGUAAUGCAGAAAUGACGGUAAAGGCACCAAACGACACUGCAGGACGCUCUGAGACUCUUGAGGACCUCACUGAUGACAUGUGUCUUGUUGCGACACCGUGGUUGAAAGGCUUUGACCUCAAGACCAAGGAAUGGGCCCAGUUCUAUGUGGAUGACCUAACUCCUGUGGUGUGGAAUGAUGCCGCAUUCAACCAUCUAGUGCUUCCGGGCACAGAGAAGCAGCUUGCUUGGGAGUUUGUGGAGAACAAGGCUCUCGCCAAUAGCUUUGACGACUUUAUCCAAGACAAGGGUCGUGGUAUUAUCAUUCUCAUGUUUGGUCCACCUGGUGUAGGAAAGACCUAUACCGCAGAAGCAGUUGCUGAGAAGGCGCGUGUGCCGCUGUACUCCAUGAGUGCUGGAGAUCUCGGAACGGUACCGAAGGAGGUUGAACUUGCACUGGAACGAGCACUCACGCUGUGUGGCCUCUGGAAUGCUAUGCUCCUCCUCGACGAAGCCGACGUGUUCCUAGGUGCUCGCACCGAUAGCGACUUAGCCAGGAACGAGCUUGUAGCUGUAUUCCUCACCAAGCUAGAGUACUACACAGGAGUCUGCUUCCUCACGACCAAUCGAACAGCCAGUAUCGACACGGCCUUCCAGUCCCGCGUGGAUCUCUUCCUUCCAUACAAGGACUUGGCAUUUGAAGCUCGGAAGAAGGUCUGGCGGAACUUCAUCAAUCGGGCUGGGGGCACUCAAGUUGAGAUUCCAGACGAGGAGAUGAACAAGCUGGCUGAGAUGAAGCUGAAUGGCCGUGAGAUCAAGAACUUGAUCAAGAGCGCUCAUCUACUUGGUCUCAAGAAUGGAGGUGUCAUUCAGGUAGACCGGCUCUUGAUGCUGGCUCAGAACCGGGUUGCGGCUCUUGGGGAGUUGAAGAACAACUGA